AUGGUGGCUUUGAAGACCUGUUCUCUGCUUCUGGUGCUCCUGUUCCUGGCUGUGGGGUUGGGAGAAAGAGAAGAGGUUGAGUUCCGAUCUCAUGCUAAGUUUGCUGGCCCCAGACCUCGAGGCCCAAGAUAUGCAGAGGGGACGUUCAUCAGUGAUUACAGCAUCGCCAUGGACAAGAUCCGCCAACAAGACUUUGUGAACUGGCUGCUGGCCCAGAAGGGGAAGAAGAAUGACUGGAAACACAACAUCACCCAGAGAGAGGCCCGGGCUUUGGAGCUGGCAGGACAAUCUCAGGGUAAAGAGGAGAAAGAGGCACAGGGGAGCUCUUUGCCCAAGAGCCUCAGUGAUGAAGACGCGCUGAGGGACCUUCUGAUUCAAGAGCUACUGGCCUGGAUGGUGGACCAAAUGGAGCUCUGCCGACUCAGGUCCCAGUGA